GCAGCACGGAGCCGCGGCGCCGAGAAGCAAAACAGCCUCCGGCGCGCCGCCAGCGGUCUCUACCAGGGCGUCAGCGGCCUCUUCGGCGAGGACAACGUGCGGGCCCUGCAGAAGUUUUUCUCAAGGUUGACAGAGAGGUUUGUGAAUGGGGUGGAUAUAUUAAUGGACACAUUCUGGAGAAUAUGGACUGAUUUGUUAGAUGUUCUUGGAAUUGAUGCCUCCAACUUGACUCAUUAUUUCAGCCCAGCGGCAAUUGCCAACAACCCGACCCGAGCUCUUCUGCUGAUUGGUGCCAUUUUACUUGCCUAUUGGUUUUUAUCUCUUUUCCUUGGAUUCUUCUUCUAUCUCCUGCACAUGCUGUUUGGUCGCUUUUUCUGGAUUGCGAGGGUUGCCCUUUUCACUCUCUCGUGUGUGUACAUCCUCCAGAAGUAUGAAGGUGACCCAGAACACGCAGUCCUGCCCCUCUGCUUUGUCGUAGCGGUCUACUUCAUGACGGGGCCGGUUGGAUUUUACUGGAGAAGAAACAGCAACAGCAGCCUUGAGGAGAAGAUGGACCACCUGGAUAGUCAGAUCAGACUUCUGAACAUACGUCUUUCCAGGGUGAUUGAAAACCUGGACAGAGGCAGCGACCAAUGAACCAGCCCCUACAGACCACUGUACACCAGCUCUAGAAAAUUCCUAAGCACUGUCUCAUUCGAAG